CGCUGCCAGUGGAAUGCGGCCACUAUUUGCCCCUGUUUCUGCCGCACCUGCUUCUGCCGCACCUGCUUCUGCCGCACCUGCUUCUGCCGCACCUGCUUCUGCCGCACCUGCUUCUACCGGUGGAUUAUUCGGAACUGGCUCGUCCAGCCCGGCUUCUGCUUCUGCUCCCGCCGGCCCGAUCCAGGCCUUCCUGGGUAAUGCGGGUGGUGGGCCUUUCGCUGGCAC